UCUCGGGAGUUACUGUUCGUGAGACUCACGUUGUCGCUGGAAAAGACGAACAGCGUAGGAGGGAGACUUCUUUCAAGUAAUUUUUUUAAUGGAGUCCUUUUCUUCAAGUGAUGACGAAGAUGAAACUAACCCUGAGAAUAAACGAAUGGAGAAUCUUGCUAACCUGCUGUUUCAUAAAAUGAAAAAUGAUGGUAUUAUAGCAAAGCUUGAAAGGCUAGAGGAAGAAGAAGCAGAAAAGAAAAAGAUAGACAUAGAAGAGGAGGUAAUAUUGGAUGACCAUCCACAUGCUCUACCUGAAGACAAAGACAAGGAAGAUGAAGGAAGCAGCUCAGAUGCAUCAGACUUGGAUGACCAUUCACAUGCUUUAUCUAAAGAAAAAGACAGGGAAGGUGAAGGAUGCAGCUCAAAUGCAUCAAAAUUACCUGAAACAAAACAGAAAUAUGAAGAUAGCAACAAAGGGAAAGAGAAGUACAGCUGGAAUCCACCUACCAUUGCUGAAAUGCACAAACAUCAAGCUGAAGAGGCACUGAAGGCAUCAAGGCUCGAUGCUCUGCAGAAGGAAACAAGUGAUUUUCGCAUGCUGUCUGCAAGACAGAAGAAGAAGCUGUCAAAGUCAGAGCGUGCUAAGUUGAGUAGCAAAGGCUGGGGUGGAAUGCACGCAAAGGAGGAACCAACAGAUGAAGAGAAGCUAGACCUGAUGGUGCUGAAGAUGAGGGGCACAGUAGACACCCAGCGUCAUUACAAACACACAGAUAUCAAAGCUCCAAAGUUUUUCCAGUUUGGUACAAUAGUCAGUGGAGCUCAAGAUUUCCAUCAUAGAAUCCCCAAGAAGAAACGAAAGGCUACAAUGGUGGAAGAACUCAUGGCAGACAUGGAAUUCAGAAAGAAAACUAAGAAGAACUACCUGGAAGUAAUGGAAACCAAGCGACAAGGCAAAGCAGCAUACCAAACCAAACCUCCCAAACGAAAAAAGAAAACCAAAUAAAGUAUAGUAUAAACAAG